ACCCGCGACGCGAUUCCCCCGCACACCGUCUUCGCAAUCUCCUUUGGUCGGCUGCCCAAUCCUCCCUUCCCUUCCUCUCCUCAAACCCCCCCAACCCAAAUGCUCCCCUCCGCUCCCCGUCCCCGCCUCCCAAAACCCUAGCCCUCUCGCCGCGCGCUCCCCCCCUGAUGCCGCCCCAGCCUCCGCCGGCGGCGUCGGCGUCGGCCAGUGCCCCGGAUCCCGCCGUCCCGGCUUGGCUCAGGGGGCUCCCCCGCGCGCCCGAGUACCGCCCGACGGAGUCCGAGUUCGCCGACCCCAUCGCCUUCCUCUCCCGCGUGGAGCGCGAGGCCGCCGCCUACGGCAUCUGCAAGGUCAUCCCGCCCCACCCGCGCCCUUCCCGCCGCUUCGUCUUCGCCCACCUCAACCGCUCCCUCGUCUCCUCCUGCGACGCCCCCGCGCCCUCUCCCGCCGCCGCCUCCGACUCGUCCAUUCCUCCAUCCUCCUCCUCGCCGCCGCCGGUCUCCGCCGCGGUGUUCACGACACGGCACCAGGAGCUCGGCAACCCGCGGCGUGGACGCCCGACGCCGCAGGUGCUUAAGCAGGUGUGGCAGAGUGGGGAGCGGUACACGCUCGACCAGUUUGAGUCCAAGUCCCGCGCCUUCUCAAAGACGCACCUCGCUGGACUCCACGAACCGACUGCGCUCGCGGUGGAAUCACUCUUCUGGAAGGCGUCGGCGGACCGUCCUAUCUAUAUUGAGUACGCCAAUGAUGUCCCUGGCUCUGGGUUUGCUGCACCCGUGCAGUUGCAACGCAAGAAGAAGCAGAAAAGAGAGACUGCCCCGAUGGACGAAUGGGAGAAGAGUUCAGGCUGGAGGCUGUCAAAUAGCCCAUGGAACCUGCAAGCAAUUGCGCGGGCUCCUGGUUCGCUCACACGGUUUAUGCCUGACGAUGUUCCUGGGGUGACUUCUCCAAUGGUUUACAUUGGCAUGCUGUUCAGCUGGUUUGCGUGGCAUGUGGAGGAUCAUGAUCUGCAUAGUCUCAACUUCCUCCACACUGGCGCACCUAAGACGUGGUAUGCGGUUCCUGGUGAUAGGGCUGUUGAGCUUGAGGAAGUUAUCCGUGUACAUGGCUAUGGAGGCAACACUGAUCGGAUCGCGUCACUAGCAGUGCUUGGUGAGAAAACAACACUAAUGUCCCCAGAGGUCCUUAUAGACAAUGGUGUGCCCUGCUGUAGAUUGGUGCAAUAUCCUGGUGAGUUUGUGGUGACAUUCCCAAGGGCUUACCAUGUCGGGUUUAGCCAUGGAUUCAAUUGUGGAGAAGCUGCCAAUUUUGCGACUCCCCAAUGGUUGAAGUUUGCUAAAGAGGCUGCAGUUCGAAGGGCUGUGAUGAAUUAUCUUCCAAUGCUCUCCCAUCAACAACUAUUGUACUUGCUAGCAGUUUCAUUUAUAUCCAGGAACCCUAGAGAACUACUGUCUGGAAUCCGAACUUCUCGUCUAAGAGAUCGUAAAAAAGAAGACCGAGAACUGUUGGUCAAACAGGAAUUCUUGCAGGAUAUGAUUAGUGAAAAUGAACUUAUAUGUUCAUUUCUUGGAAAAAAAUCGGUUGAUAAUGUUGUUCUAUGGGAGCCUGACUUGCUGCCAUCGCUUACCGCUCUACACCCCUGCUCGUCUUGCUCAAAAGCUCCUGAAAAGAAGGGUGAAGAUGGUCCCAGAAUUGGAUCUACCCAAUCCAGCUCAAAAGAUGACAGCUCAUCUGAUGGUACUGCAUGUAUGACUGGGACACAAUCUAAAGGCUUGUCUAUGGAUAGCAAACAAGCUCCUGAGGGAGAAAAGCUUGAUACCGAUGACGGAGAUGACCUGCCUUUUGAUUUGAGCAUUGAUUCUGGUUCAUUGACAUGUGUUGCAUGUGGGAUUCUUGGCUAUCCAUUUAUGGCGAUUUUGCAACCUUCCAGAAAAGCACUGGAAGAAAUUUCCCUUGUUGAUAAGGAAAGAUAUAAACUGAGUUGUGAAAAAGAGAUUUGUUCAAAUGUGCUUCCGUGCUCUCCUAAUGAUGGUAGCUCCGGAUGCCCACUCAUCGCCAAUAGAUCGUCCAGCCCUGUGGAAAAUGCUAACCUCAGUCAUCAGGAUGUGAAGCCAAUUAGAAGUGACAUUUCUUUGAUGGGAAAGGAGUUUAAUGGAACCCUAGGGAAACAUAUUGGCACUUCCUGUUCUUGUAGCAGUGAAAAUACCAUUCAUCCUUACGGUGACACAGAAACCCCUGAGAAGAAAAUACCAAGUGAUUGCCCUGGCUCAGAGUUGAGUAAACAAUCAGGCAGAGGUGAUGUUAAUGUACCAGAUGUCGAAGGUAGUGAGGAAACUAUCAGCUGGAAUACAGGCUGUGCAUUUGCACGGCCUCGGAUCUUUUGCUUACAACAUGCCCUUGAGAUUGAGGAGUUGCUUGCGAGCAAAGGUGGAGUUCAUGCCCUCAUCAUAUGCCAUGCAGAUUAUGUCAAACUAAAAGCACUUGCAAUAUCAAUAGCUGAGGAAAUUGAGUUUCAGUUUGACUAUAAAGAUGUUGCACUAGCAAAUGCGUCCAAGUCUAAUUUGCAUCUAAUUAAUAUUUCAAUUGAUGAUGAGGGAUAUGAGGAAGAGGGAACAGAUUGGACAUCACGGAUGGGUCUAAACCUCAAACAUAGUUCCAAGAUUAGGAAAGAAACACCAGAGAGUCAAGAACAGCCUCCUUUAUCAUUUUGGGGAUUAUUUUCCAAGCCAUCACCUAUUUCAGUUGUUUCAAACUUGAAAUGGCUUUGCAGGAAAGCACGGACUCCAUAUAAGGUCAUUGGUUAUGCUUCCAGCCCUGAUGUUGUGGCAACUCCAGACAAAGUUAAGCCCGCAGUUACAAAAACUCAGAUAGACACUUCUGGAAAUGCUCAUGAAAACAUUGGAAGUGAACAAACUCUGCAACAAGAUUGUGUCCUGCAAGAAUCCAAUGAUGUAGCUGAUAUGUGCAAGCGUCCCAAGGUGAAUGAUCAGGAUGGACAUUCUCUUAUUAAUAUUCCAAUUGCUGUUGCUGAAUAUCCUAUGAUGCAUCAAGUUUGUGAGCGUCCAGUAAGUGUGAGUGCAUGUGAUGACCCUAUCUGUUCAUUUGAUUCCCAGGAUUCACCCACAACUGUUGCAGUGUCAGCUGGCAAACCUACCAGAGAACAAUGUGGUGCUGAAUCAACUGAGUUGAGUACUGUAAAACAGUUCCUGGACAAUGGGCUUAUCGCUGAGGGAGGCAGCAUGAACUUCAUAAGUAAUCAUGAGCACUUAGAAUCUGACAAUGCAACUUCAGUGUGCAAAGAUGAACAAUUGCAAGUUCAACAAGAUCAGUUGGCCAUGGUACUUUGUAAUAAUCCCAACACAGAAUUGGUUGCAGGAGAAUUACAUGGGGGGGCAGCAUCAUCAACCCUUGAAAAUGAGGAUAGCUGUGGUAAUACGUCUUACUGUUCUGACACUGUAUUAAAGAACAGCGAACCUGAUACAGAUGAUCAACCUGAAACAUGUGAUCGUAGUGUUGUUCUUGUAACACCAAAGUCGAGCUGUGACCAGAUGAUUUCUAGCAGUGACAGAAGUUGCAGUCUGACCUUGGACUGCCCUGUCUCCACUGAUGCUGCCUUUUCAAGCGAAAAGCUGUCUAUGGCUCAUGAUUUGAUGGGCAGUGAGUUGCAGGCAGUCCAUAAUUCAAAGGCUGAGGUUGUGGCCAGUUUGACUGAUGUCAAGGGUGCUAAGCUCAAUAGCAUUCAUACCACACAAUUACCUCAUGAAUCUCCAAGCAGUGAUUUCAUCAUUUCAGAAGGUGCGCAAUCUGCUUCAACAACUGCAAUUCCCAGAAAAAAUGGAACAUCCAUGCACACAGAGUCAAAUUCAAUUGAUAUUUUACUUGGAGUUCUAGCCGAUGAAUCUAAGGUCUCUUCUGGAAAGGAUGAGGUUGGCAAAGCUUCCUUGACAUUGAUGACACUGGCUGGCAAUGACCAAUCUGCAGAUGAUGUAACUCAGGAUGAAGUUGCAGAGAUCACUGAUCCGUCGCAUGGCUUCUGCUCAUCAGACAUAGUGUCUAGAAGCAUUGGAAGUUCAAACAGAACAAAUAUCAUAUGUUAUGCCAGACGCAAACACAAAAGAAAGAGCGGAUCUGAGUUCAAUAUUAAUAGUCCCCAAAGCUUGGGGAGCUUUGUCCGCUCUCCAUGUGAAAGCUUGAGACCAAGGACUAGACCUGCGAUUGUUGAAGACAUGACAAACGAAACAAAAACUGCAGAAGCUUCAACUGCAAAUAAGAGGAAGAAGGCAAAGGUGGAAGCAUUUCAGUGUGACAUAGAAUUUUGUGACAUGACAUUUGAGACUAAAGCUGAACUUCGUGCUCACCAACGCAAUAUCUGCACCGACGAGUCUUGUGGCAAGCGCUUCAGCUCUCACAAAUACCUGAAGCGUCAUCAGUGUGUACACAGAGAUGAGAGGCCAUUCAAAUGCCCCUGGGAUGGUUGUCCAAUGACUUUCAAGUGGUUGUGGGCGCAAACUGAGCAUAUCAGAGUCCAUACAGGCGAGCGACCGUACAAGUGCUCGGCUCCUGACUGUGGCCAGAGUUUCAGAUAUGUCUCAGAUUAUAGUCGCCAUAGAAAGAAGUUUAAUCAUUAUUGAUAGGUUGCCACUUUUCAUGUUACUGAUGAGUGAUCACAGCUGGGGGCAAAAGCUCUAGCUGUUGAGGCCAUGCUUGUUGUACCAGAUCACGUAUUUAACCACCUGACGUCUGAUAGGCCUAGUGUUUGUUCCUUCGUUAGCAAUGUGUUUAGUGUAGAAAGUAGAGAAAUAGUUGGGGGUUAAGGAUUGUACCCCCUGAUGCAUCAACGUAGAUUUUCAUAAGCAGCUGAUCUUUCCCAUUUACAUGGGAUCAUUCAUUCUUUCUUCAGUCCGUAAAGUUUAUGAAUACAGAUCACUUGGAUAACUUCCAAGUACCAUUUGAAAAAUGUGUUAAUGUCUCAUGGUCUCAGUGAGCACAUUGCUGUCUAAUAAUAAUAUGGCUUACGAUA